GCGGCCGAGUCGUCAGUCCCGCCCUCGGUUCUUUCGCGUUUUCGGUCAGUCUCCGUUCGGCGUUCGAACGGUGAGGUGUGUAUAGCGCGUGUGCGCACGGUUACUGUGGCGUACUGCGAGGUUAUAAUGGACGCGCCCGGCGGAGCGCGGGAGCCCCGCUUCGGGUCGCCGUAUGGUAUGGGACUCCUCGGAGACGUCGGUGACAUGUACGGUGCGGGCAGGCCGCCCAGCUCGCUCGGCGGCGGCGGGCUCCGGCCAGGGAUGCAGCCCUGCCCAGUGCCCCGGGCUGGCGUCAAGCGACCCUCGGACCAGUGCUACGACGAGAGGCCAUCACAGAGUCUCGGCCUGGAACACUGCCCCAUGCCCGACAUAGCGGAUGAUGGUUACGCAUCUCUUCAACCCAAAAAGUCUCCCCCAUCCAAUGGCAAGAAGACAAAAGGACGUGUAAAGAUCAAGAUGGAGUACAUAGAUAAUAAACUUCGACGGUACACAACAUUCUCCAAGCGGAAGACAGGCAUCAUGAAGAAGGCAUACGAGCUGUCCACGCUGACGGGCACCCAGGUGAUGCUGUUAGUUGCUUCCGAGACUGGGCACGUGUACACUUUCGCAACGCGCAAGCUGCAACCAAUGAUCACGUCAGACUCGGGCAAACGGCUGAUACAAACGUGCCUCAACUCUCCCGACCCACCCACCACUAGCGAACAGCGCAUGGCAGCCACCGGCUUCGAGGAGACGGAGCUCACCUACAACGUGGUUGACGAGGACAUGAAGGUGAGGCAACUGGCGUACGCCGGCUCCGCGCAGUACCCCCUAGAACACCACGGGCACCCUGGCCUUGCGCCUUCGCCGCUGCAGCAAUACCACCAGCACGCGCCAUGUCCCUCGCCCCUCCCGCUCGGCUCCCUCGGACAGCCAUAUUCUCACCCACAUCUAUCUCAUCCCCACAUGUCUCAUCACCCGCAGCGGUAGUUCUCUAUAACAGUUAAGAAAAUAUAAACAAAUGCAAACAAUAAAGUAUUUUGUUAACUAUAUUUGUAAAUAGCUGACAGAUAGAAUGUAAUUACUUAAUUUAUGUCUUUGUCGGUUCGUCGAGCGUUUGACUUGGAUCCAUUAACAACUGUUUUUUUUACUGAGACAAUCACUUCGUUUGGCGAAAUUCACGUAUCAGCAUCUCAUAGAUGAUAUCGUUAUUUAAAAAUGGAGAAUAAAGUUAUUCAAAUUUUAUUUUAUAAUGAAGGCAAACCGGUCUCUGGGUUUGGAAUGACUCGGAAGUGGGAGCGGUCUUGUCCCGCUCUUAUGAUGAAUGAAUCUGCCAUUCAUUCCGAUUAAUGAUGGUCAAGUGUAAUAGAAAUACUUUGUUAAUUUUUUUAAUGUAAGGAAGCUUCAGGAAGCUUCCACUUAUGCCGUGAUUUUUGUGAAAUUACUAUAAUUAGUAGUAACUAAAUAUACGGCAGCUAUUUUUUAUAUAUUUUUGUCAUUUGAAACUAGGCUUUUAUGACAAGCGUGAAUCUCAGUUUAGUGUUAACGUGACAACUAUAAUAAGUAAAUAUGAAUUUUAGUCGAACGUUUAAAAUUAGCAAAAUGGAUUAGGAUAAUAAAAUUUUAUUUUAAAAAUAUAUAAUCGUACGUUUAAAUAAAUAAGAAAUUGAACUCCUAUCAAUAGGCCGUUCAUGGCGCCUUUAAUAAUGCAAAGAGAGAAAAACUCGCUAACAAAGUAGCAGGUGCUUGGAACUAGAGACAGUUUCCAAUUACCGCAGUCGACCGCCGCCCGUGGCUGCUGUGAUCCGGAUUAUCAACUGACUUAAUUGAAAAAUUGCUUUCGGUGGCCGCUGCCCUGCAUUGAGAUUCUUACACCUUGUCAAACUUGACAGCUACCUUUCUAAGACGGUAAACAAAAAAAGUACAGUAACGUUACAUUUAUGUUCAUUAUAUCUGUUGUGUAGACGGUAAAUAAUCAAUGAAUACAUGGAUAUCAUUCUGUUACAAUCGCUUUGCGGAUAAAUUCAAUCAUUGCCAAACAUCCGCAUGUCAUUUAUCAAUAAGACCAGCCAAAGUCUUAAUUGAUCGAUUAAAGCAAAGCUAAUCAACUGCUAUUUAUUCAUUGAUUUGUACCGCAGUGGCCACUGUUACUCCCAUCGCAACGAAUACGCACAUCGAUUAAUCCUUCGCUCUUCAUUUGCAUAUCGAUUUAAUCGGAUCCCAUUGAGCGCCCACUGCGCUCGCCCCCGACCUCCGACAUAGCUCUACACGCACUAACGUUGAAAUCGAUCGACAGAAUCGAUGUUUGCCUUCUAUCGAUUCAGAUCUUUCGAUUAAAAGUGUUAGUAUAGACACCGUUAUUGUUCACUUGUCACCGAUAACACUAUUCCGAUUGAAAUAUUCAAAGUAUAAUUAUGAUUACGAGUGAUAAAGGCAUCUCGCGGCUGCUCUCAGGCGCCCGCUGCAUUCUACGGCGACGGUUCUGUUUACAUUUUUAUAGCGUCCGGUCGUGUGACAUACCGGUCGCGCUCCAGUUUCUCCGGAUCGAGCGCCGGCGCUUUUCUCCGCUUCCCAGGGAACCGUUUCACCCGUCAACGGAGCCCAGUCAUACACAUAAAUAUGAUUCUUUUAGUAUUCGUCGCGCGUUACUCUCGCGGCUGUUUCGUGAAUACGAUCGGCUCUGAUGCGGCGCGUUGACGCAAUCCUAUCGUAGGAUGCAGAUGUUCUCGUGCAUGAAUUAACGAUAUAAAUAUGGAAUUCGGUCAGUGCCCUCGCCGCGAACGGAUCUCCUAAUCUCGAGUUCGCCGUCUGCGCGUUUCGUAAUAUCGCAAAAGCGCGUUUUCGCUUUCGACGCUCGCAUUUCUUCUGUGGAUUCCACCGCGGAUACCUCGUUUCUAUUUCAAAGCACGUUCUCUGUUCUUUAUUUGUAAAAAAACCUCAGUCGCUACUAUAGAAGUUAUCGACACGAGUUGUAAAUUCUUGGUGUUUUUCAACUGUGGUCGGUCCCGAGGCGCUGUCGCUGUCGGUGACUCACCGUCGCAUAACGUAUUCGUCGCGGGCGCGCGUCUAUGCCAUACGUCGGCCUGUAAUCGCUCGUUAGUCUCGCGCCUCCCUUUAUUAACUUAUCAGUACUAUUGUUUUGAUAAACGCUGCGUGCAAUUUGUGUUGAGUCAUCGUUAUUGUGCGGCCGAUGCGCCUUACAUAAUCGUCCGCGUGUAAGCCGAUCCGCCGGCCCCCAUCAGACCCGGCCGUUAGCCAACAAUAAGGCUAAUUUGACUAAUAGGUGCGUCGUAAUCAUCACCGCGUGUGGUUCAAGGAUUAAAUACAACAUCAUACACAUCUCGCCACUCCUAUUGUUCUUGAUUUUUUGUUUAACUAAUUUGAAAUCUUAUAAUCUGAAUGUUAAGUUGUAUUAUUUGAAUAGGUAUCAUUCAAUAUUGAUAUUGAAACAUUUGCUUCGCUGCUGAGAUUUUGGGUUACAUAUCUAGCGUUGUCGUAACUUAUGAAAUUCAGAUGUGUGUCCAUUUGUACGUUACACUCAUUUGGCACGCGCGUGUGUUUUAACGACAGCACGGCGCCGCACCACGCCGCGUCUCUAAUUAUAUGGGCCGGAGUGUUCGCCGCUCGCCGCACCCCUCACGCCGUCCUCUCGCACCGUUAAUUCAUUAUUCGUAAAUGCACCGCCGGUUCGAUUUUUAAAAGAAAUCGCUUAACGUUUGCAAAAUUCUUAUAAAAUGCACGCCUCGGCGGCCCUGUAAUUAACGCACCGAUCGACCACCCAUGGGAGAUGAAUGGCCCACCGUUAAUCCGCCAAAGCAAUAAUCGCAUGUCGCCGGACAACAAAUGAAGAGAUUCAUCCCGCGCCGAGGUGAUCGUACGACGACCAUGUAGAUUCCGAUUCGUUCCUUAUUAAAAACCGAUAAAGAAUAAAUCGCCUCGGGUUGUGAUGGUAUCCCCUUGAGGGUAGGACGGUCUUAAUUUAGUGAAAUUCCCGCAGGAGCAACGACCGCUUCGUGAGUUCGUUUCGCGCUGUCGUUUAAGUAAUGGGUCCUCGGUAUCGGUUGGGAUCUUCGCGAAUCGAUACACGAUAAUUUUACCAUUACGUAACUUGACCGUGACUUAAUUCACGAUAGAGAUCGCCGUGCACCGCCUAAUGUGGAUGUUCUGUAGAACUAAUGGUCUAGCAAUAUGUCUGAAUAUAACUAUGAGCCAAAAACAACAUGUGCAUACUUCAGGUAUUCUCCAAAACAGUAAAUUGUAAUAGAAUAAUUACGACUAGUAGUACCAACAAUUUUAUUGAAGUGUACAAAACUUCGCGCUCCAAAUUAGACAAUUAGAGUAAACCGCACGUCUCUCGAAGGCACAACGCAGUCCGUAGAAUAUUAUUUUAGGAGUAGCGUCCACCCCGCACGCGGCCGCGCUGUUGCAUAAUUCAGACCCCGCCGUUUGCAUUCCGAUACUUGAUAUGUGCUCUCACAUGUAUUUAUGGACAGGAUUUUGUGUCUCCGUAAUGUUUGCCGAAUAAAUAAAUUGCGUUUGAUGCAUAAAUACAAUGGCCGCGGCUCCUCUCGUUAUAUCCCGGGCCGCCUUGUCACCGCUUGAGAUAUUUCGCGGUCCAAAGGCCACUAUAUUGUUGCCUUCGUUAGCAGGCCGUAUUGUUUACGCUUACAAAUUGGCUACUGUUCUGACCCGGCUGAUACACGACCUGUGCUCUUCACUAAACUACAAUUACACUCACACCGAGAUUGAUUCGUGCCGUUCAAUAUAAAGUGUUGUUACAAAUUUAUUUAUCUUUAUAAACUAACACAACGCCUUAUUACAUGUUUAGUAAACUUAUUUUAGUUGAAUUGUUAUUAUAAAAUGCACACAAAGUAAAUUAACUCAGUGCUGUUAACCUAAACAGUAUAUUUGGUUAUGUAAUCAGGUAGAUAGGAAUCGUGGAAAUGGCGCCAAGUAAUCCUAAAUCCCUACAACAUUAUCUAGCGUUAACACAAUUCCACUCACAUCUCUUACGGUGAUCGUAAUGAUUGGCGGCCGACCUCAUCUGUAUGCACGACACGUGCUAGUGUUAGAACGCAUUGUAGCUGACACACUCUAUCCUUUACUUUCCAGAAACUUCUAUUUAGACCCCGUCAUAAGAGUUGUCUAAAAGUCAGCUCCGAGUUGACCACGCGACGUAAUCCACAUAGAUUAACAAACCGACCGCCGUCUGCCUGUUUAGUUAUGUAUGCGCGCUUGUUGGUACGAUCUCGUUUACUGGACUGACUCGGGACGCGUCUCAUCCAUUAUAGAUUUAGUCUGUGUCUGAGCGUCCAGGGGAUAUGGACGUGGUCGUCGCAAGUGUCAUUUCGAUAAUUGGAAGGGCCGAUUAUAUUUCUUCGCCAACAUCUGCGAUAGAUUGCUCGAUUGGCAGACGCUUGCGUCACACGGCGCAAGAAUCAAUCCGGGCCCCAAUUAAGAGCCUCUAGUAAUUGCGUUCCGAAGCCGAGUAAAUAAUUGCGAUAGUCGUAUCAUUACUUCUAUUAAUUGAGCUCAUUCACCGAUAGGAUGCUGUGAGUCAAUCGAAUGCUCCUCUAAAACCAUUUUAUCGAUACCACGACUAUUCGAGUGGUUUCAUCGCGUAGUUACAGUUGAUUUCUAGUCCAAGUUAAAAUCCUAAUA